UCUGUUGCUAUGACCUGCAUAAAAAGUCAAAACAUAAACAUUUCCUAUUAUUAAAUCGGUCAGAAAAGUUCGGUUUAGAUAUGUAUUUCCUUACUGUUAUAUUUAUAGUUUUAUUCUCAAUUCAAGCAUGUAUUUGUGACGAUAGAGGACCAGAGGUGGAGACGCCCUUAGGGAUAAUUCGUGGUACUGUCAAAACUUCUGUUGAAGGAAAUCCUUACAGUUCAUUUGAAGGAAUUCCAUUUGCCAAACCACCAGUAGGCGAACUACGAUUUGAGGAACCCGUUCCCAUUGAACCAUGGUUAGGAGUAUGGGAUGCUACAAAUACACACAUAUGCUUGCAGACAAAUCUAAAAGGAGAUCUUCCAAUUCUAGGCACUGAAGAUUGCCUGUACCUCAACGUCUACGUUCCUGGUAAAACAAUUGAUGUAAACCAAAGUUAUCCUGUCAAUGUACAUUUUCAUGGAGGAGGAUUCAUGAUGGGCUCUGGUGAUAUGAUGGCAAAUUCUCAGUUUUUAAUGGAUUCUAAAAACAUAAUUUUGGUUUCUGUUAAUUAUCGUUUAAGUGCAUUCGGUUUUUUGAGUACUGAAGAUGAGGAAAUACCUGGAAACAACGGGAUGAAAGAUCAAGUACUAGCUUUAAAAUGGGUUAGAGAUAAUAUCAGAUUCUUUGGAGGCGAUUCAAAAGCUGUAACGUUGACAGGAUAUUCUGCUGGUGGAGCAAGUGUUCAUCUUCAUUAUUUGUCACCUUUAUCUCGAGGUCUUUUCGCAAAAGGAAUUUCUCACAGUGGUACCGCAAUCAAUCCAUGGGUAAUAAAGGAAAAUCCUUUGGUUUUUGCGAAAAGAUUAGCAGACGAUGUUGGGUGCUCGAUUUCAUCGACUAAACAAAUUAAAGAAUGUUUAAAAACGAGACCCGCCACAGUGAUUAUCGAUAAAAUUCGUUAUUACUUGGAAUUCGGUCAUAUGCCGUUUUCUCCAUUCGCCGUGGUGAUUGAUGAUAAAUCGAAAAACCCGUUUUUACCAGAGCACCCCUAUGACUUGAUGAAAAAUAAAAAAGUUUUCGAUGCUCCUUGGAUCGCUUCUGUUACUCGUGACGAAGGAAUACUUCCUGCUGGAUAUUAUUGCGAAGAUAAGGAUUUGGAGGAAAUUAAUGAAAAUUUCUCGGACAAAGCUCAGCUUUUACUCGAUUACAACUACACUUUACCGAUGGGAAAAAGAUCUAAAGUCGCCACUCAGUUAAAGGAUUACUAUUUCGGUAAAGGUAAAGAUAUAAAUCAACAAAACUUUUAUAGACUUGUUGAGUUAUUUUCGCAUCGAUUAUUCACUAUUGGUGUAGAAAUUGCUACGAAACUUCAAUCUGAAGCAAUGGAAUCACCAGUAUACUUUUAUUAUUUCAAUUACGAUAAGAGUUCUAAUAAAGUUUCUAAAUAUUUCUGCAAUACCAAAAAUAUAGGAGGAGUCUCACAUUGUGAUGAUACUGUUUUUGCAUAUGGUUUUUAUGUUCUGAACGCAUUUUCAGAAAGUGACAAAAAAAUGAGAAAAAACUUCAAGAGAUUGAUUGAAACAUUCAUCACCGAAGACGAACCUUCAUUUGAUGAGAAUAUAAAAUGGAUGCCGACAAAGGGGAAUGAACUUACAUACCUGAAUAUUACCGAUAGUGACGAUAUUAGAUUGUUAAAAACCACAUCUUUAUAUCCAGAAUCCGUAUGGGCAGACGUUAAUAACGCAGAAUUAUACCAUAUGAAGUCGUACUCAGAUGAAUUAUAAUAUUUUUAUUUCAUAUAAAAUAUAAAUAUUGAAUUAAUA